AUGACGUCGCAGUACUUUAGUCCGCCAGGUGGUGGUGGUGGUGCUGCACCGGGGACGGUAUCUGCAUAUUUCGCAGCACCAGGAGCGAGACCGAGUGGUAGUGGUGGAGGUGGUGGUGGUGUAGGUUUUGGAAGCGGCGGUGCUGGUGGUACAACGUCUGCCUAUUUCGCUGCACCGGGAGCAGGGGGAGGUGAAGGUGGAUGUGUUUCGGCGUAUUUCUCACCAACUGCACCAGGAGGUUUGGGAGGGGGAGCUGCAGGAGCACCUUCAGUCGGUGCCGUUGAUCCUACUCAAACAGCGAUUGGAGCUGUUGAUCCGACAAGAACUGCGAUUGGUGCCGUGGAUCCAACGAAAACUGCUAUUGGUGCUGUGGAUCCCACUCGAACUGCAAUUGGUGCCGUUGAUCCAACAAAAACUGCUAUUGGUGCAGUAGACCCCACUCGAACUGCUAUUGGGGCUGUUGAUCCAACAAAAACUGCUAUUGGUGCUGUAGAUCUUACCCGAACAGCUAUUGGAGCUGUUGAUCAGACUCGAACUGCGAUUGGUGCUGUGGAUCCAACGAAAACUGCCAUCGGUGCAGUAGACCCCACUCGAACUGCCAUCGGUGCAGUAGACCCCACUCGAACUGCCAUCGGUGUUGUAGAUCCCACUCGAACCGCUAUCGGUGCAGUAGACCCCACUCGAACUGCUAUUGGGGCUGUUGAUCCAAC